GCCUCCUGGCUUUGGGUUGGGUUUCCUCGCAGUGCGCGUGCGGCGAAAGGGAAAGAGAACGAGAGAGAGAGAGAGAGAGCGAGCGAGCGCGCGAGAGAGAGCGCGCGCGCGUGCGGGCGAGCGAGGAGAGGAGAGGAGAGGAGAGGAGAGGAGAGGAGAGGAGUUUUCAUAACAUCUGAUCCACCAUGGCUGAUGACCUAGACUUCGAGACCGGCGAUGCCGGCGCCUCCGCCACUUUCCCCAUGCAGUGCUCCGCUCUCCGCAAGAACGGCUUUGUGGUGCUCAAAGGGCGUCCCUGCAAGAUUGUGGAGAUGUCCACCUCCAAGACCGGCAAGCACGGUCAUGCCAAAGUGCAUCUUGUUGGCAUAGACAUCUUCACUGGGAAAAAAUAUGAAGAUAUCUGUCCUUCAACCCACAAUAUGGAUGUGCCCAACAUUAAGAGAAAUGACUUCCAGCUUAUUGGGAUCCAGGAUGGGUACCUUUCCCUGCUUCAGGACAGUGGGGAAGUCCGGGAGGAUCUGCGCCUUCCUGAGGGAGACCUGGGCAAGGAGAUUGAACAGAAAUACGACUGUGGCGAGGAAAUCCUGAUCACCGUACUGUCUGCGAUGACGGAGGAAGCGGCUGUUGCUAUCAAGGCUAUGGCUAAAUAAGGGAGCCACAGGCGGCAGCGGCGGCGGCGGCGGCGGCAGCAGCUCCAACCUGUUGUGAACCAGAGAGGAGCGCAACCCGCAGACUGUCAGAUUUGGCUCCAAACCACCCAAAUCUUUUUUUUUCUCUUCCCCUUCCUUUAAAAAAGCAAAAUCCUCCCACCCCACCCUUUUGAAUUAAACAAAAGAAAAGAAACUUUUUAUUUCGUGGUCUUUUUAAAGAAAAAAAGCUGGAUGCUGAUGUACCCUCAUUAUUUUCUUGUUUGGCCCCUUCCGCAGCUUUCCAGUCCCCUCCCUCUCUCGGGUGCCAGUAACACUACAGCUGUUUUCUGGCAAGAGAAGUUGAGAAUUUGCACUUAAAGGAAAAUAUUUAAACUGCUAGAAGGAGGCAAAACAUUGCAAAAGACUCGUGUUAAUUUUUUUUUUAGUUUUAAUGCGUCUAUUGAGAGGUGGUGGUGUUGGGGGGGGGGCUGUCCCUUUUCAGGAACAGCAAACUGAGCAAAAUAACUGUUGCGAACCGAGAAGUCGCACUCUUAGCCCAAACAAAUGUGUGUGUUCUUGUGAGCAUUUCUGUUGAGGGUUGGUGGGGGGGGCUUUUUCACUGUCAGAUGCUCCCCCCCCAUUGGUGGUUGCUGCAAUUCAGUCCCUUCUCUCCAAUGGCCCCCUUCCCCGUGCUUGGAGGCUACCCAUUACACAUUUCUUUCUGGGAUCGCUGCUCUGGUUGCUGAACUGGCUUAAGCCCCCCCCCCGAUCCCCCCUCGAGCACGAGGGCCCCCCCAUCUGGGAGCGCGGGGGAGGCCCCCGCCAGGCAUGGAGCAUAGUGCACUCUUCACAGCGGGAGCCGACCGCUCGUGGCCGUCUGGUCAGAACACGCGUUGCCCUCUGCCCUGGCGCCACCCGGGCCCCGGCAGUCAUGUCCGGCCCUGCCCCGCACAGAGCUGCGGCUGCCCCGGAGCCCCCCCCCCCCGGAGCUAGCAACCCUCGCACGACUCCCUCCCCUCCUGCUGGGUACCUGUAUCUCCACCCAAAGGCUGUUCCAGGUAGGGAUCUCCUGGGGUGACCAGCUAGCGCCCCACCUGUCUCCUUGGUUCAUAUUUACUCUCCUCUGCUGUUCACAGGUCAGCGCUGUGGCCUCCCUCCCCUGUUAAUCCAACACAUUUGUUAAUCAACCUCAAUAAAACAAGUUUAAUAUGAAAA